ACUGUGGUGCUGCUUGGAAUGCAGCACAGCAAGGUUCAUCCCACUGGCACUGUUCAUUCCCACAUGGAAUUGUGUCCCUAUCCCCAUGCUGCCCCAGCCCAAGGAGGCACAGAGCCAGAGCAGUGCCGUGGCUGCCCAGGAGGGUGUUGUAAACAAGGGGCAGUGAAAUGUUUGAUCUGAAUCCAUCCGCUGGCCCCUAAUCCCCACCCGAGGCCCUGGUGCCUCACCACUUCCCAGCCUCCCUGAGCUGCUCCCGGCCAGGCAGCAGAAGGUCACCAGGGGCUGCUGGCCCUGUCCCCCGCCACACCCACGAGGGCAUCGGCACCACCGCGAGGCUGCCAGGGCCGCCAGGGCCCUGUGGUGGCAGAAAGCAGGCUGAGUUGUCCCCAGGUCGGGGUUUAACCCUGUGCUGCUGCUGCCGUGGCAGGGGCAAGGUCUCCCUCUGCUUUCCCCCGUGUUUCAGAGAUCCCCCCUUGGCUGCAUCCCUCCCGGAACGAGCAUCCCCCGAGCUGCUGCAGGCACUGCCCGCACCGGCGGGGCCGCUCUGUCCCCAGGGGCCUGCAGGGGACACGAUUGCCAUGGGGACUCCCCGGGGACGGGAGCAGCUCGGAGUGAAGUGGAGCCGUAAGUGGCUCCUGCGUCACGUGGCGAGGAUAAGUGCAAAAUGGCCCUAUUAUGAUAAUUGCCCGGAAUUAUGAUUGAUGGAGAUUAGCUGCUUAUUUGAGGAAAUGGCAGGCACACGUGUGACACGGGCAGGCCGGGGACAGCCACCGGGGCACGGGGGCACGGGGCACGUCAGGAUGGCUCUUACGGCACCAACAGUCACUGCCAUCCAUCCCAGGAGCUGCCACAUCCCCGGGCUGGGAUGUGCCACCACCCAGGGACACCGGGUGAAGCGUGGCACGAGGACGGGCCGGUGUGACCCACUCCCACCCCAUCCUGCCCAUGGAGGGCUCCUGGCUCCUCCUGCCAACUGCGUUAAGGACAUCCCUGAUCAGGGGCAAAGCUGUUAACCAGGGAUGGCCGCUGCUCUCUGUGUGCUCCUGGUGCCUGCCCCAGCACCCCUGUGCCUCCCAGUGAAUGUGGCUCCCAGUAAAUGACUUCUUUUGGGAGAAACUGAGCAGGAGCUGGGCUCUUCCCUGUCUCCUGCCUGGAGAUUCCCAUCCCGUUCCCUUGGCCUUAGGGGCCCUCUAAAAGCAUUGGCACCAGGAGCAUCCACGCUACAGUGGAGACACAAGCCACAUGCCCACUUCCACCUUCAAAAAGACACCCAAACCAGGGGCUUUGGGAAGAAAAGCUGGAAAAGCAGGGUUGGCUGCUACGCCAAUGCCUGGCCAGGAUGGAGUCAUGGCACGACUGAACCACCAGGGCCAGGAUUUUGGCACGAGUUGGGGAUGCUCCGUUGCACAAGGCUGAGAUGGCCGUGCCAGGCGACAGGCGGCCGGAGGGCACCCCAAAACCCCCACCCAUCCCCAGAAGUCCCUCCUCCGCUCUCCCCUUCCCAAUUUCCCGGGCCCCCCUAUGCAGCAGACGGAUGCUGGGUAAGAGGUGUGUCUGUGGGAGCCGUGCUCGCCACGCAGCAUCGCCGGUCUGCGGCGGCGCUUGCCAUCCCUGCCAUGGCUUUCCCGCCUGGGCUGGGGGCACAACGUGGGGCAGACGGGGCUGAGCCUCUGCACGCGACGCCGGCACCACGGACGGGCUCUGGAGCCUGCGCCAAGGGACGAGGACGUCGCCCAGCUGGCCUUGGCGAUUGGAAGGGGUCCCUGGUGGGUCCCCGCCACCGGGCACGGCGAUGCCAAGUCCUUUCUCUGCCUUCUCCCCUUUUCCUCCCCCCAUUUGGCAUUUGGCAGCGGAGCCGUGGCGGCGGCUGGGGCGUGCAGUGCCGGGGAAGGGCUGCCAAGCCUCGGCAGCCCCCCGCGGCCCCCUGGCCCCCCGUGCCAAGGCUGGUGGCUGGCAGAAGGGCUGCCUGCGCCUGGCAGGGCUCCGUCAGCUGCGGGAGGAUCCCUGUGCCGCGCUCGCUGCCAAUUUCCCUGCGAGCUGGCACCGCAGGCGGCUCCGGAGGCACCGGCAGAGAAGGAUGGGGAGGACGGAUUGUGAAGGGGAGAAAGGGAGGAAAAAAAAAAAAAAUAAUGGACACAUGCCAUCGCUGGAGCGGUAAGGCUGCCAAAACGCCAGCAGGCAGCGGGGGCCAAAACCCACCGGCGGCGGAGAGGAGGGUCUGGCAGCGCGUCCCGGCAUGGGCACAUGGAGGACGGGCAGCGUGGAGGAGGCACGGCGUGGCCGAGGCAGGACGGGCGGCAGCCGCAGGAGCCGGAGAGGACAGAGGUCUCAGGCCCAUAGGAGCCGCCCCAGCCUGGCCCUGGAUGUCACUGUGCCACCCCUCCCUGUUGUGGGACAAUCCUGGGGCUGUGGCUCACGUGAUGUGACGGAUGUGGAUGUGCCACCAGCCUGCUCCUUGCUGGGACGCGCCAACAACUGCUGAGCACCAAAUCCGCUGGGAUGUGGCAACGGGAAUGGGAUUUCCCCUGUGACCCCCCUGCAGCCACCAGGAUUCAGCAUCCCCAGCAGUGAAGAAGGUUCAUUCAUCCAGAGGUUUAUCCAUGCAAGCACAAGUGGAGCUUUACCAAACAUGCCCAGGCCCUGCUGGCUGCCUUGGGAGCCAGGAUUCUGCCUGGGAAGGAGGAACGUGCUCCCCACCCCUGCUGCAACCAAUGGGAGCAUCACCCAGGGGACCUGCAUGGACACUCCGAGGGCUGUGCCAGGACCUGCUUUGCUCACCCGGAGCUCACCAGUCCUAAUCCCAGCCCUUCCCCGUGCCCUGGGGAUGCUCCGGGCUGUCUGCCCGAUCCCCACCCCACACCGGGAGCUCUGGGUGCACAGGGCCAUCCCGCCCUUCUAUCCCCAAGGAACUGGGCUGGGGAAUCUUGCGAGGGGCUGGUUUUGGAGUGGGUUGGGGGGGGCUGGAGGAGGCUGCGGGGGUGCUGGGUGCUGCGGGUGCCCGGGCGCAGGCGGGAGCUGCCGGUCACUGCCAGGUUACAUCUGCCGGGGCACGCAAGAGUGACUCCAGAUGCAUUAGAAGUGCCGUGCUCCAAUUUCAAUUUCAUCGUCUCACAAUCAUUUUCAGGCUCCUCUUAGUGCCACAUUAACGAAGCCUGCUCGUUUGAAUGCAUAAUUAGCCCAAGCAUUCUACCUCGCUAAUUUCGAAGCAAGGGGGGGGGGAGAGAAGGGGGGGAAUUUGCAUAUUAAUUUAGCAGAGGGAGAGAAAAACUGUUUACCACUUGCUUCUUGCUGUUGAUCACAGCGGACUUAACUCUUUCCCGGGUGCCAUCUGGAGCUGCGGAGCCGGCGCCCAGCCGGCACGUGGGACGGGCUGCAAAGGUUACACACAGCAAUUAAAUCCUGCCGACCACCCGGGCUGCCCUCGGGAGCUCACUGGGAGCGCUGGGGUUGCGGCUCCUGGGAGCACAGGGCAGAUGAAAGGCGGCUGAGGUGGAGGUGGCAGCUCCAGCGUGUCCCCUGGCCCUCCUCCCUGCGUGGUUCCAGGCUGAAAAGCCACCCAUUGUCACCCCCUCGGGGUGGCGGGGUCCCCUCCCAGAUCCGUCCCUGCCAUCCUUGGCGAAGCCAGGAGAAGGGAUUCCCAACAGUGUCAUCCCUCCUGCAAAGAGUGGCCGGGUCCACUCUGUCAUCCCCGGUGUGUCCCCUUCAAAGGGACACAUUUGCCCCCACGGCUCUCUGAUUUUUAGUAUCAUCCACCCAUAAUGUGGUGUUGGAUGAGCGUGUGCCUUCCCCAAAGCCCCUCUGCAGCGGGAGUGUCCCGUGGAAUCCGCGCACACGGGGUCCCCACGGAUGCUGCACACAAAGAGCACCCAAGGAGCAGGGAGGGCAGCCUGGCUGAGCACUGACAACUCAUGACAGCCCCCCAAACACCAUCUCCCUUUGUCUGGGAGUCUGUGGGCGUCUUGAGCCGAGGCUGGAGGUAAUUUGUCUGUCUCCUGCAGCGGGUUGUCAUCUCGCAUCUGUGAGCCAGUUCCGUUUGCACUGCCAUUAAAAAAAUCUCAGGUCUGACAGGUAGUAAAAAAAAAAAAAAUUAAAAAAAUAGCAACAGGAUGUUGGGAAUAUCACGGGCUCGUCGCAGCUGGACCACCCUCACAUCCAGCUAUCACUAUCCAGGUAUUUGGAUUUGAGGGUGGUCGCAGCUGCAGUGAGCCCUGUUUUGGCCUUUGGACAUGCAUCCCUAGGGAUAUCCCCCUGGCACCUCCAUCCCAGCUCCCCGAAAUGCCUUCCUCACCCCUGGAGACCCCCUGCCCCAUCAUCCACCCUGUCUCGCUGGCUCGGAGCCAUCCCAGCGCGUCACAGCGAUUUGGGGACACCUCCAUCCUCGGCAUCCCUGUCUGACUCCCGCAUCCCAGCCGCACGGAGCCAUGCCCGGGGGUUUAUCCUGCCCCCUGCUCCGGGAGCGCGGGGCUGAGGGCAGGGGGCGCAUCCCAAACGUGGGUGAGGGGUCUCCGGAGUGGCCGGAGCGGUGCCGGCGCUGCGGAGGAGCGCGGGGCUGGCUCGGAAAGGGUUAACAGUUGAUUACAGCCUUUGUCUCCGCAUCAGUGUACAUAAUGCGCCCGCAUUUGCAUACUGCAGUGUGCGCUCAAUUAAAAUGAACUUUUAAUUUC